GCGUAAACAACGCUCCCGGAGUUAGGAAUUUUAUAACGAGCUAGUAUCACAUAGCUUUCAAAACAAACUACCAAGCACUGAAACAAAACAAUGUCUGGACUGUCUGUGUUUGGCGGAAGACGAAUAGACCAAGACUGGGUGGACAGACUGAACGGACACUGGACUGUCCUGCUCAUCUCUGCAAUGUCUGCCGGCGCGUUUCUCGCGAGAUUCUUAUCCAUGUCCAUCUCGUGUUUGACGCCGUCACACUGGACUGUUGCUACCAACACCUACGCUCACCAGGUGUGUCUUCAUAAACAAGUGUUUAUCAAGGAUCCUGGGAUGUUCACCACUUAUGACCCGAGCAUACACCAGGAUGAAGUCGUGUCGUGGCAUCUGUGGUUUCCUGUCAUUCUCUUCCUCCAGGCCUCGGUCUUCAAGGCACCAGCCGUAGUCUGGCAGCUACUUAAACAGCUAGUAGGGGUCAAUAUGAACGAGACUGUGUCCUCUCUAUCGGCCAGCCAAGUCAUGAAACCAGAGAAGCGAUGUUACAUAUUUAGAGAUGCGGCUCUCGUUAUCAGCCGAACAACGACAAACAGAUGCAUUGUGGGAAUACUCUACCUCUUUGUCAAGUUCCUCUUCUGCGUCAAUCUGUUGGCACAGUUUAUUUUUCUCACUGUGGUUGUCAAGGACAGAAUUGGCAUUCACGCUAAUGCUACAGAAAUAUUAGGUUAUAAUCACACCACAGUCUUUGCUUUUCCGCGAAAGGUUCUGUGCGAUAUGGAACGCCGGGUCUUUGAGAACAUCCAAACCUACACAUUGCAGUGCGAUCUGGUAAUAAACGACGAGUUUGAGAAAUUCUAUGUCAUCCUUUGGUUCUGGAUACUGGCUGUAUUUUUAGUCUCCACUGUUAACUUCAUGAUGUGGUUCGCCUGUCUGUUUGUUCCAUGCGUCAGGACGUCACGUAUCACGUCCUACGUCACUGCGUUUAACAGGGAUGCCGACAGCGGCGCCGGGCUCGCCAGCACGUUUGUCACGAGCUUCCUUGGGGUUGAUGGUGUCUGGCUGAUCACAAUGAUAGCGAGGAACUCCAGCGAGUUGGUGGCAGCAGACUUGACGAGACAUCUCUUCCAAAUCUACCAGGAGACGCACACCGGACGAAACGUACAGCCUAUGUAUUCACAACAUGCCCCUGGCUUUCAACAUCAGUUUCCGAUGCAGCUAGGAAGUCAGGCACAAGCCCCAUCUGCACCUAUCGAAAACACUCGGGCGUCACAAGGCAUACCACUGGCACCAUUAUAUCGUGGUUCAGAGGUUGAAGGACGGCCACUGAUGGGGAAGUGACCCAUCUUUACAGGGUUAUUUAUUCGUCUAGACGUCUUCUUAUACCUAGAUCCUAGUUUGGCUCAGCUAAUGCGUUAGUAGCUUUUAUGUGGUCUGACCGACGUAUUAGUAUUAGACAAACCAUGUUAUAGGACCAGUCGGGUGUGAGUGUUUAGACAACUUUGGUUGUUUGAAAUUGUGCAAUCUAAUUAAAAUUAGCUCCACUAUUACAUGUGGAUCUAAAGACAGCCAGUUGGAGCUCA